AUGCCGCGCAGUGGACGAGAGGUGUUGGUGCAUAUACGAAUCUCGCGGAGCGAUUAUGGUAUUCAGACCUUCAGCAUUGGCGAUGGGGGAAUUAGUGUGGGGUACCAAGAUCCUUCAACAGCUCAUCACGCAGGAUGGAUAGAUGGCCUUUUGGGCUGUCUACGACCUGUUUGGACAAUCAUAGGAAAAGCCACUGCCAAUGAAAUCAAAGGCUGUCAAGAUGAUUGGGAAAUUGCCUUUGAGACCAUAAGUGAUUUGCAGUGGCUAGGUUCAGGUGCUCAAGGUGCUGUAUUCAGUGGAAAACUGAAAGGAGAAGUAGUUGCUGUCAAGAAAGUAAGAGACCAAAAAGAAACAGAUAUUCGUAAUCUCAGGAAGUUAAAUCAUCCCAACAUUGUUCAAUUUAAAGGCGUGUGUACCCAAGCACCAUGCUAUUGUAUUGUAAUGGAGUAUUGCCCAUUUGGUCCUUUGUAUAAUUUACUAAAAGAUGGAAAAGAAGUUCCACCUGUCAGACUAGUUAACUGGGCAAAGCAAAUUGCAUCAGGCAUGCAUUAUUUGCAUUCCCAUAAAAUAAUACACAGGGAUCUAAAAAGCCCUAAUGUUCUCAUUGGACGUGGGGAAGUGGUAAAAAUUAGUGAUUUUGGAACAAGUCGAGAAUGGAAUGAAAUAAGCACUAAAAUGACCUUUGCUGGAACUGUUGCAUGGAUGGCUCCUGAAAUUAUUCGCAAUGAACCCUGUUCUGAGAAAGUUGAUAUUUGGUCAUAUGGUGUUGUCUUAUGGGAACUUCUUACCUGUGAAACACCAUACAAAGAUGUGGAUUCUUCAGCAAUCAUGUUUGGUGUUGGGAAUUACUCUCUUCACCUGCCUAUUCCUAAAACUUGUCCGGAGGGUUUUCGACUUCUUGUUAAACAGUGUUGGAGUGCUAAACCACGAAACAGGCCAUCUUUCAAACAUAUUCUGGUUCAUUUGGAUAUUGCUGCUGUAGAAGUGCUAUGUACUCCAACAGAGGAAUAUCUCAAGACACAGGCAACAUGGAAAGAAGAAGUUCGUAGUGUUAUGCAACAAAUGCAGUCAGGUGGGAACCACUUGCCUAAAUUUGAAGAAGAUAUUAUAAAGAAGCGUAAUGAUGAAUUGAAACAUGCUCAAGAUAUAAGAGAACAUUAUGAAAGGAAAUUGGAUCGAGUAAAUGAUAUGUACAUGGAAAUGAUUGCAAAAUUUCUACAAGUAGAUCAACAAAAGCAAGAAUUGAAAGUUAAAUUGCGACAAGUGGAACUAUGGGAACAAGAAUUACGAAAAAGGGAGAAGCAGGUUGGAAUUAUCCAUUCUUCCCUGAAAGCUCAGAAAUUAAAGAAAAGAGGUCAUUUUACUCAAUCUACAACACCUACUUCUCCUGAGCAACACACGAGUCCCGAAUCACCUCAGAAUUGGGUUCAUGGGAGUCCAGUUAUGGCUACUUUGGUUGUAAAGGGAGUUUCUCAAGCCAAGUCAAUUGUAACUUGUGGAGGACCUGGAGAAAGGUUGUUGAGGCAGAGGAGGUUUCGUCACCGAAGAGUAGGAUCAGGAAGUGGAGCUAGUCCCUCUCUGUUGAAAGCAAGUCCAAUUCGUGAUAAAAAGAAUGAACUUCACCAUCAUAACUUAGUGGACAAUGAAACUCAAACUGAGAUGAUGGAUAUUAGUGAAACAGAAACUAGCCCCAAUCCAUAUUUGGCAUCCCGACAACUGCAACUUUCCAUUCCUCCAGUGGGAAAUGUAGAGGAAACAAAAUCCCCUGAUGCAGAGAGUCUGAAUGGUAACAGCACGUGUCCUCAUCCAACAUUAAAUAGCAAUGAAAGACUUACAUGCAGUGAUGAUGAUCCAUUAGAGACUCUUGGAAGAAAAGUGAGUGAAAUCUUAAAUGGUAACAGAAUACCUGCUUCCACAGACAUUAUUCGGGUCACUAGUAAUGGAAAUCCUGAAGAGGAGGAUGAUAGCAUUUUGAGUCAAAGACAGACAAUAUGUAGUAAUGAAAAUAUAGCAUUAAGGUUUGUGCAAGGGAGGAGAGAUUCGCCCAGCCAUUAUCAUGGUGUAGUUGUGUCAGGAGUAAAUGUGCAACCUGUAAAUGAACUGAGACUUCACGGGGCUGAUAGUUCAGAAACAUUAGACUCGCAAGAUUCUAGUAGGGACAACAUGUGUGAAGAGAGUUGGAGUGAAGAAGAGGGUGAGACAGCUGAUAAACACAGUUACAGCUUGCGGAGGAGAAGUAUUGCUCGUCGACCUAUUGGCCCAGGAUGUAGGUCACGUAGAUUUAAACAACUUCCUACCCCAGUGCACAAUGCAGAAUGUAAUAUCUCUGAUGAAGAAAAUACAUCUGAAUAUAGCCAUCCUCCAUCUAGUCAAUGCUCCACUCUAGAGAGCAAUCCUGAUUUAUUGUGUUCCAUGGAGAGUAUGAAUAGCCAAGGUCAUAAGCGUCAACACAGCGCCUUAAAAGAAGGAUUGGGAGAAGGAACAACUCCAGAGAGCUCUGAUUCAGAGUCCGAUGAUGUAAGUGAUAUGACAAUUGGCACUCAGCUUGGUUCCUCACCCAAAAUGGAAACAGUAGUUUGAUAUUUAUAUAAAGAAUGUGUUUCAUGAAAAAUUUAAUUUCAUGUACCAGAAAAUUAAAUCUCAUAACUCCAUUUCAUGUGGUAAUUAAUUCAAUCUCGUGGAUUCCAUUUGUGCUACAUGUAAUCUCUAGAGAUGGAAUCAUACUUUAGAGAUAUGAAUGGAUAUUACCAGAGCAGCUGUUAUUUUUUGAAAAUGUAGAUUGGUAUUAUCCAUUUCAUUAUCUACAUUUGAUUCAUUUGCACAUCAUAUAAAUAAAUUUAUCGCUUAUUAAUUUAGCUUGUAUGGAUUAUAUUGAUUUCGUUAUGAAAUAGGAAGCCACUGAAACCUUCUGAGACUAUUACCAAAGUAAUUUCACCAACAGAUACAUUCUUGCAUGCUUUUAUUAUUAAAAAACUACAUUCCAUUAUUUAUUUCUAUGGUCAUUAAAUAGUCUCAGCCAGUGGAUAAGAUCUCACAUAGGUUGUGAAAGGGAAGCAUCCUAGUAAAGUUUCCAUGAGUACAUAAAAGAAUGUUUGCAAGUGCUUUUGUGUUAAGUAUCUUCAGUGUUCUGUUUUCUCAGGUAUAGUAAUAAUGAGCUAUUGUGAACCUUUUGCGCUCAUUAGUUAUUUUUCCAUUAACUUUUCAACAAAUUUUGAAUAUUUCUAUUGAAUAUUCAUUAUUCAAAUCUAUAUUGGCAUGGUUAUUUAAAAUAUAUCAGUGAUAGCAGUAAAAUGAGCCAAUUUAUUUAUGUAAUAAUAAAAUGAUAAAAUAUAUUCAACUUUUAUUAAAUUGGUAUGAAAUUUUUAAAAUACGAUUGAUUAUUUGCAAAAAAUUCGACGAUCUCUGCGUAUUUUGACCAUAAUAUCAAAGAAGAAUUACCCCUGUUAUUUUUGGAAUUAAUUAUUUUUUUAAGAAAAUUUGUCAUACAUUGUGGUAAAUUUAUUUUUAUGAGUUAGUAAAACAUUGCUUGUUUUGACAAAUAUAAAUCAACAAGUUUAAUCAAUUUUUAAUCAGGGCUAGUUGUUCAAGUUGUAAAACAACUGCCUCUUCCAAAAAAGUAAUUUUUGUAAUUGUAAGACAUUAAUAAUUGAAGGGGAAAAUUGUAUUCUAUUGAGGUAGAGGUGGAUCCUGAUACAAUUUUGUGAACUGUAGGUUGUAGACAAGUAGAGAGUUUGUGGUUAAUGGAUUCAUUAGUCUUUUAUUUCUCAUCACCACUUGGUCUGAAACAAUGAAAUAAUAUUUUGUUAAAAGUAAUAAAUAAUUUGCAAUUUAAUUUGCUGCAUUGAAAAAUUGAACAGUAUAAUAUUGGUGUCUAUUACUGCAUUCCCUUUGGUGUGUUUGUGAUUGCUUGCAAUUGCAAAUUAAUUACCACAAAGAUUUUGCUGAAGGUUUGCAUAAAACAUAAGAAAUCUAAGUUAAUUUUUUCUAGGCCCAAUUAUUGUUUUAACUUCAAAUUACACAUUUUUGUUUGUUAUGUAAAUCCAUUAAACUGAUGCUAAGGCUGAUAUUUUCUCUACUGGUGUUUAAAAUGAAAUAGAGAAUAAGAAAAGAGAUAGAAAUGCCCACUAUGUAAAGUAAUGUAUUGAGCACUAGUGUGGCUGAGAAUAACUGAUAAUGCAAUUAAGAAAAUUUGUCACAAUCACCAUGUUAAUUCUGGCUCAUUGUACAGAUCUUGAAAAUGAAUGUUCUGAACAAAGAAUUAGAUCAUUGUCCUUAAAAAUUACAACUACUGUUUCUUUUCUAUUUUGUCUUCUAAUUUUGUUUAUGUGUUCCAACAAUUGACUAAUUUUCUGGGGUAAUGUUUAAUCAUCAAUAAGAUUUUCUUCAAGCUUUAUUUAAUUUCUUCCCCAUGAAAAUUUGUUUUCAUUAACAUUUCAAAGACAAGUUUCUUUUCUUAAUAAUAUUGUAUUGAAUGAAUAGGAUUAAUUUUUUAGUGUAAGGUGUAAUGGUGAGUUUUAUAAGUGUAAAGUGCUCCAAUUUUACUGCUAUCAUUGGAGAUAUUAACAUAUUUAUUGAAACAGAAUUUUUAACAUUGCCUAUUCUGAAACAUGUACCAUAUUCAUGAUGAAAUAUCUGGGUCUCCAGGGCCUGCUUUCCCUUGCAACUUUUAAAUGUAUCUUAUUUCUUGAAUUGAUUGUAUAAAACUAGUUGGUAAUACUACGAAAGACUGCCUGAAGGCAACUAAACACUGUCAUCUAUCAUUAAAUGUUAUUUUUGUCCCUAUUGACAGUAUACAUCAUGUUUUAAAAGUUAGUCUUUACAAGCUCUGCAAGUGUUACGUUUUAAGACCUGUAGGGAGUGCUGGUAUUGAUAUUAUUAACUGAUAUAUAAUUCUUGAUCAAUUUCCUCUGACACUAAUUUUUAGGAAAAAUUAAAUAAAGUAAUCAUAAUUGUAUCAAUCAUACUAUUAAAAUCAUUUUUAAAACAAAAAAUUAUGCAAUAUUCUUCCAAUAACUUAGACAAAUAUUUUUAAAAUUUUUCAUAGCUUAAGCAAACCUAUAAUGAUUUAUAAGAUUUUGUCUUUAAUUUAUCAUUACUUGCAAAUUAUUUUAAAAUUUUCCCUGUAUUGCGUACUUAAUUUUUUCAAUUUUGAACAAAAUGGCAAGGUGGCAAAAUAAACAAGGGCCUCUCUUAAGCACCUUGUACAUUAUCAGAUUAAUUAAAUCUUAGGAGUUUUUUAUAUCUCUAGGAACCCUUGUUGAAUAUACUAGAGCGCAAAAGGUAGAAGUUAAAAAUAUGAAUAAUGCAUGGAUCUUGAUUAUUACAAAAUAUUAACAAUGUUAAGACUGAAUCUCAGGGACAGAAGCUUGCAGUUUAAAAGGUGCUAUUUUUCUGUCCAGAUUCUUCCUGUAUAUUUUUUAAUAGUUAUUUAUGGUGAAGAAAUAUCCAAUUGUAAAAGAUGGCUUCCAUGGUUGAGGUUAAAGUUUUCUUGGCUGUUAGGAAGACUGCAUUCAGUUUUAGACAUCAAACUCUGAAAACUAAAAAACACCGAAAGAUGGUUAAAAUUUUGGCAGUACUGCCUUGUAAAGUGUGUUUCCUCAACAGCUAAAAAUAGAGCAAAUUGUUCACAAGCCAUGAAUUCACUCUAGUACUGUAUUUAUGAAACUAUUGGAUUGCUAUUGCUGGUAGUUGAGUAAACUCUGAUGUGUACAAAAUUGUCUAAUAAAUUUACAAAGAACUGUUCUGUACAAUGUUCUGUUGAUUUACAAAUUUCACAUUUUUCUUAUACUGAAGAAAUAGUGUUCUUAACAAAAGUUCUGUGAGCUUCUGUCACCUGGCAUUUAUCAUUAGCAUAAGUUUAGUUCCCAUGUAAUAUAGAAUCGCAUGAACUUUUAGUCUCAUCACACCCAUUAUGUCAUAGUCAGAUAACUGGUUCAGUACUUUCGUUUUUGCCUUAUGAAUAGCAGUUCUGAAAUAGUUAAAAUGCCAUGUUUUGAAAAGUGGCUUACCAAUCAAUGGUGUGGUGGUAGUAAAUAAAAUGUUGUGGUUAUUUAAAUCUGGCUCUUGGAAAAAAGUUUUUACUGGACUAAAUUGCUGAUUUCACUUACAGUUUGGCUACCUCAAAUUUAGUAGUAUUACAUUCAUUACUGUGGAGUAAUUAGUAAUACUAUUAUCAAAAUUUGUAAUUGAAAAUCAGUAGGAGGGUUAAGUAACUUAAGUUCUAUUUAUGCACUUACAUGAUAUUAUGAGAGUCUUGUGUAUACCUUUUACUCAUUCAAAGGUUGUCCAUGACAGUGUGAGAAAUGUGCAAUUUUUUAAUAUAUUUUUGUAAUUUGCAUUUAUUUAUUCUUUUUUAUAGUUGUGAAAGUUCUGCAAUAUAGUGCCUCAGAAUUAUGAUUAGUAUUGUUAUAUGUUGUAAGUUUCAACUACAAUUUUGAUUUUCAAAGGUUGUGCCUUAGGUGAAACUUGGAAUUUGUUACUUCAAAUGUAGUAAAUUAAAAUUAAGUACAAACAGUGUUGUUCAUUUUGAGGAAUUCCACCUUAAAGUUAAUGAUAGAAGUGAAAUGUGCAUUGUGGUUUACAUGAUAUUUUAUUUCAAUCAGUGUUUCAUAUUCAUUAAAUGUUUCAGUUAAUGGUACAGUAUUAAAAUAAACUAACACAGGACAGUAUCUGUUUCCUGAAGUUAUGGAUUUUCUGUGUGGUGAUCCAAUAAUGUUACCUGGAUGUAAAUAUAAUUUUAUUUGAAUUGUCUCAUGUUCAUUUUUGUUUGGCCUGAUGGUGAGAGGGUCAAAUUUCCUUGCAGAGAAUACUCAAUGUGGUUGUGCUGUGAAUGUAUUUUACUUGAUAGUUAAUUGCUCAUUUCAUAAUUUACUGGGAGUACUUAUGUUUUUAUUGUCCAUUGAACUUCAUGGCAUGUUCAUGGAGGUAAAGUGCUUAUAGACCUACUGCAAAUUAUUUUUGACAAGAAUUCCAGUAGAUGCCAAUAGUAUUGACAAGUUGACUAAUGUUUUGUAUUUAUCUCUUGACAAUAGUAUUUUCAUAGGAAGAAACUAAAAUGUAGUAAAAGGUUUACUGAAUUCAAAGGAAAUUAAGAAAAUGGAAAGAAUUUGUAAUAAUUCUCAUUGAAAAGGUUUAUUUUUAGCUUAGUCAGUGCAUUUGAAGCUUAACAGCAGCAUCAGAAUUCAUGACGCAUGGUAAAUUAGUGUGAUUUUGAAAUGCAUUUAUUAUUCAAUAAGAAAUUGGAAUGUAUUUAAAUGUUCAAUUUUAAUGAUCUUUUGGGGGCUUUAAAUAUUGUUUGUGCUAAUAAUGCAUUAUCAUGGACAUAGAAAAGAGUUUUAUAAACAUAAUUGUAUUGAAAAAUAGUAUUUCAACUGCAACAGUUGCAUUUAUUGUAUUAUUUUUCAACUUUGUGGUUUGAAAGAAAUGUUUACACAUAAAUAUAUGUCACAGUAAUGUAACUUGAAGAUGAUUAAAUUAUUUUCAUUUCCGCAUCAAGGCCCAUACACUAGAAACACUGAAUUCACUGUUGGCUUAGAGUGCUGUAACCUAAACUCUUUCGUUGGUGUCUGUAUUCAUGGAAAAGCAGGUUAUCCAAAUUCAAAGAUCUGUGGCACUCCUCUGCCUGAUGAUAAUUUCAAUCCAGAAUUAUAAUUAUAAUUUGACCCUUUAGACAGAGGUGAUGAGCCUGAGCAUGUUCCAACAAUCUCUGCCAUCAGGACUAACAUUAUUAUAUUUUACCAAAUUUUUUGUACUGAAAAGUUUGAUUUAUUAAUAUUUAUAACAUUUUAAACCCUCUGUUAUAUAUGUUUGUAUAAUAUGUAUUAACAUGGUAUAUUAUUAUCAAACAUAAAGGACAAUGAAAGAAAAAAGAUUCUGUGUGUGAGGGGAAAAAACUUCUGAUCACAUUAGAUUUCUCCCAAUGUAAUUGUUGGACAUGUAAAAGGAAAUGAUGUACAAAGACUGAUCCAACUAGAGUUAAAGGUCUUGGCACCUAUUCUGGGUCUCACAAUUUCAUAUGUGAUACUAGGUUUUCUCUAUUAAAGUAAUUAAUUUUCCACUUCAUAUACAUACAGAUUUUUGUUGUUUAAAAAUUGUUUGGUCCUAAAAUUCUGUUCUGAAAAACUACAUUGUUCUCAUCAGAAACAAUUUGAGUGCACUCAUUUAUUUAUAGUUAUAAUCCCAUUUUCUAUCACAAGAUUUUUCUGUCUGACUAGAAAAUUGAAAUUUUGUCUAUGAAGACAUAUUUAUUGAGUUCUCACAAAAGAGUUAAUUCUACAGGAAAUAUGUAUGAAACCUCUUGGAUAAUAUGGACACUUUAUUUUCUGUGAAUGAAGUUAUAUUUUAGAAAGUAUUGCCGUUUAGCCUUGUAUAGUGAACUUCACAAUUAGUGUAUAAACAUAAACCUAAGUAUGUAGAUCACAAAGAAAAUAUAAUGGAAGUGUCCAUAUUGAUUCUCUGAUAUUAUUUAGGUUCAUUCUAAAAGUUAAAAUGAUUCACCUAUUUCAUAAGAGUAUGUGAGAGAAUGUACAUCAAAACAUCAAUUAUUAUAUUUUGUUAUAAUUUUGGGUGACGUAUUAUUAAGCCUUCAUAUGACUGUAACAUAUGCAGUGCAUUAAAUCAGCUUUCAUUUUUUUCGACUUUAAAUAAUUAUUAAAAAGAACAAGGAAAAAAUCUUUUUGUUGAUUACCCAUUUCCUUACAUUCCAAAUAAGAACGUGUUGUGAUUUAAUUGAUGCAAUAGUAAACUUUAAUAGUUCUCGUAAAUUUAU